GUCGGGACCUGCUUCAUUCUUCAUUCUCCUCUUCUCCUCUUCUCCCUUCCCUGCUCCCUCCACUCCCCAGUCGCACCGUUCUAUCGAUCUCCCAAAAUCCAUAUAUUACACCGUCCGCUAUGUCUUUCGAUCGCUUAGAUUCCCUAGAGUCCCAGCCGACGACAAUGCGCCGGUCCGAUGACCCCGAGUACCGAGAUGACCCGGAGUUUGAUCGCUUCACCGAAAAUCUCUCGAACAAGUUGUUCUCGCUCACCUCGAACAUCACGCGGCUGUCCGACCAGAUCGUCCUCUUAGGGACGCGACGGGAUACGGAGAGAGUACGCGAGCGGGUCCACACCCUGCUGGAACAAACUCGUGCCGGUUUCAAGGAUGCAGCUGAGGGCAUUAAGAAGGUCCAGAUGUGGGAGGACGUAAACCCCUCCCAAAAAUGGACUCAGCAGAAACUGUCUUCAGAAUUUCGCGCCACCUUGGACGAGUUCCAGACGAUCCAGCGUCGCGCACUGGAGAAGCAACGCGCCUCUGCUGUGGCUGCUCGCACCGCCGUGGAGGAGGGCGAGCUGCCUGCCGAGGGUCACGGCGGGGAACAGCAGCAGCAGCUCCAGCAACAGCUGGAGGAGCAGCAACCCCGCCUGGCGAACCAAGACGAGGUGGACUUCCAAGAAUCGCUCAUCAUCGAGCGGGAGACGGAAAUCCGGAACAUCGAGCAAAGUGUCGGCGAACUCAACGAACUGUUUCGUGAUGUCGCCCACAUUGUCCACGAGCAAGGGGGCCAACUCGACAUUAUCAGCGACAAUGUCGAGAAUGUCACGCACGACACUCGCGGGGCGAAUGUCGAACUGCGUAGCGCCAGCCGACACCAGAAGAAUGCUCGCAAUAAGGCGUGUUGCCUUCUUGUGAUCCUCGCCGUGAUCCUCCUGAUCAUUGUGCUGGCGGCUACCCUUGGAUAGACGGGUGUGACCAUCCUCAUGUGUUUUUUAUAUCCUCUCGAAGACGCCGAUGUGUUUUGAUACACCAGAAUUUCCUAUGAUAUCCUCUAAUGUCUUGUUCAUCUUAUGUGUGGUUGUGAUGUCUUCAACUACUACUGCCAUUUUGCGUUCUGUCUUGGGAUUUACUACAUGGUCGACAGGCGCCUAUGGAGUGGGCAUGCGCAACGACUUUCUUUCUUUCUAUUUUUUUUUUUUUGUUUUUCUACGUCCAUGUCUGUCUUUUUAACCUUUUACAUGUGAUUGGAGUAUUGCUAUCAUACAUAGCUUCUGUUAUACAAAGAUUAUACAUCGUCA